AUGGAGCUGCCGUGGGUGCUGCUGGCGCUGGCUGGGAUGGAUGCGGCUGCCGGCCUGGGUGAAUCUCUGGGGGGCUGCGAGGGGCUUCCUAUGGGUCAUGGUGCUGGGGGGAGGCCUCCACUCACCGCUGUGCCCCCAGUCCUGUUGCCCUACGUGCCUCGCGUGGCCCCUGGCAGCAUGCCGGGGAAGGUGACGGCCACCACCUUCGCGCUGGAGAGACCCCGCUGCAUCUUCGAGCCCCUCGCCAAUGCCUCCGAUGCCGUCUGGCUGGCGGUGGCUUUUGCCGAUGCCUCGACCGCCUUCAAAAACCCCACAUCCAGCGCCGAGGUGCCCCCAUACGAGGGGCUGCCCUCCGCCCGCGCCUACAUGACACUGGAGAUGGCAGCGGCCGCCUACGGAUGCUCAGCUCCCGGUGCAGCCGUGCUGCGGGUCGGUGGGGACACGGAGUGCCACAGCCAGGCACCCUGCAAUGGACCCCUGCCCUCCCCGGGGCCCUACAGGGUGAAGUUCCUGCUGAUGGGUUGCCGUGGUCCCAAAGCGGAGACGAAGUGGUCCGACCCCAUCCUCCUGAGGAGAGCCCGCAGCCUGAGCACCAUCGACCCCACACCUGCGCGUCGCAGCAGCACUGCGGUCAUCAUCGCCGCCAUCCUGGCCAGCCUGGGUGCUGCGCUGGCCAUGGCCAUGCUGGGAGCUGUGGGGUAUGAGGGAUUUAAAGACUUUUUUUUCUUAAAUUGUGGGGUGGGGGGGUGCUGUGUUUUGGCAAGGGGACAGGGUGGUUUCUGCGGUGUUUGAGCUGCAUGGACCCUGCUUGAUGCCUCUGCCCGUCUCUCCCCGCAGCACCCAGGUGUGUGUCCCCCUGUGCCGCCGGGACCUGGGCGCCCACUUGCCCUACAGGACCCACCACGUCCCUCCAGCCCGGCCCCACACGCUGCCCCCCGCCUGCAUC